GUGUCCCGGGCCCGCGCGGGGAGGCGCCCUGUGGAGGAAGCACCGCGGUCCUGGCCGAGGAGAGCAGCUGCGUUUCCCCGUCGCUGCCCGGGCACGGAAGGGGGUCCCAUGUGUCGCGCAUUUGCCGGGAGAGGAGGACUGGAUACCACAUCUCGUGCGAGAGCGUGAACGAUGACCGCCCCCGCCCUGCUGCCCCUGUCCGGCCGGAGGAUCCCGCCCCUGAACCUGGGGCCGCCCUCCUUCCCGCACCACCGGGCCACCUUGAGACUUUCCGAGAAGUUUAUCCUCCUGCUCAUCCUCAGUGCCUUCAUCACCCUGUGUUUUGGGGCAUUCUUCUUCCUUCCAGACUCUUCGAAACACAAACGCUUUGAUCUGGGUUUGGAAGAUGUGCUGAUUCCGCACGUCGAUGCCCACAAAGGGGCGAAGAACCCCGGAGGCUUCCUGAUUCACGGGCCGGAUGAGCAUCGACACAGGGAAGAAGAGGAACGUUUGAGGAAUAAAAUUCGAGCCGAUCAUGAGAAGGCCCUGGAAGAAGCAAAAGAAAAAUUAAAAAAGUCGAGAGAGGAAAUACGAGCAGAAAUUCAGACAGAGAAAAAUAAGGUAGUCCAAGAAAUGAAGAUUAAAGAGAAAAAGCCACUACCACCAGUCCCUAUACCAAACCUUUCAGGAAUAAAUGGUGGAGAUCCAGAAGAUGAUGACAUAAGAAAGAAAAGGGAAAAAAUUAAAGAGAUGAUGAAACAUGCCUGGGAUAAUUAUAGGAUAUAUGGAUGGGGACAUAAUGAACUCAGACCUAUUGCAAAGAAAGGACACUCUACUAAUAUAUUUGGAAGUUCACAAAUGGGUGCUACCAUAGUAGAUGCUUUGGAUACCCUUUAUAUCAUGGGACUCCAUGAUGAAUUCCGAGAUGGUCAAAAAUGGAUUGAAGACAGUCUUGAUUUUAGUGUGAAUUCAGAGGUGUCUGUGUUUGAAGUCAACAUUCGAUUUAUUGGAGGCCUACUCGCAGCAUAUUACCUUUCAGGAGAGGAGAUAUUCAAGAUUAAAGCAGUCCAGUUGGCUGAGAAGCUCCUUCCUGCCUUUAACACACCGACUGGGAUUCCCUGGGCAAUGGUGAAUCUGAAAAGUGGAGUCGGGCGGAACUGGGGCUGGGCAUCUGCAGGUAGCAGCAUUCUUGCUGAAUUUGGAACACUGCAUAUGGAGUUUGUCCACCUUAGCUACUUGACAGGGGAUCCGGUUUACUACAAAAAGGUCAUGCACAUUCGGAGGCUACUUCAGAAAAUGGAUCGUCCAAAUGGUCUCUAUCCAAAUUAUUUGAACCCAAGAACAGGUCGCUGGGGUCAGUAUCAUACAUCAGUUGGUGGGCUGGGAGACAGUUUUUAUGAAUACUUACUGAAAGCAUGGUUGAUGUCAGAUAAAACAGACCUUGAGGCUAGAAACAUGUAUGAUGAUGCUAUUGAGGCUAUAGAAAAACAUCUUAUUAAGAAAUCCCGUGGAGGCCUUACCUUUAUUGGAGAAUGGAAGAAUGGGCACCUGGAAAAGAAGAUGGGACAUUUGGCCUGCUUUGCUGGGGGAAUGUUUGCACUUGGAGCAGAUGGUUCCAGGAACAAAGCUGGUCAUUAUUUAGAGCUAGGGGCAGAAAUUGCACGUACAUGCCACGAGUCAUAUGAUAGAACUGCAUUAAAGCUAGGCCCUGAAUCCUUCAAGUUUGAUGGUGCAGUAGAGGCGGUGGCAGUUCGGCAGGCUGAGAAGUAUUACAUCCUCCGUCCAGAAGUCAUCGAAACCUACUGGUACCUGUGGCGAUUCACUCACGAUCCAAGAUACAGGCAGUGGGGCUGGGAAGCAGCUCUGGCUAUUGAGAAGUAUUGCCGAGUCAGCGGUGGGUUCUCUGGGGUGAAGGAUGUUUAUUCCUCGACUCCUGCCCAUGACGAUGUGCAGCAGAGCUUCUUUCUCGCUGAAACAUUAAAGUAUUUGUAUCUGCUGUUCUCCGGGGAUGACCUUUUACCUUUAGACCACUGGGUGUUCAACACAGAGGCGCACCCUCUACCCGUGUUGCAUUUAGCCAACACCACACUUUCAGGAAAUCCUGCUGUUCGAUGAAAGCAGCUCCAGAAAGACCAUUCUCACCUGUGUUUUGUUUACAUGGACCCUACAGAGGAGUCUGGAGAGGGGACUUCUGAAAACCCGAACCUCUACGUCAACAUGGCAGGGUGAAACAUGACUCGCUCCCCACAGACUUUCAACUUGUAGAUAUCUCAACUUUGAAAUAAUUCCGUUUUAUACCUGACCAAAACAUACUCCGGUGUGUGUAGGAUGGAGACCUGGUAUGCUCUGAUUCUUAAUGAGAUGGUCACAUGAGAAAUUAGGCCAGUUACUCUCCGAUACUGUUUUUAGAGUCCAGGAACCUGGAGGCUUGACUUCCUAAGAAUAAGCCAGCGCGUGGAGCGUCUUCAGGAGUCCAAGAUGGCCUUGGCACCAGUUUCCAUUUGCCUCCUCCCCAAGUGGAGCAGCUUUCAAAUCAAAUAUUUACGCAUUGUUUAGCCCCAUUUCUCCAUUUUUAAUAAUGGAAUGAACUAAAAUAAACAAGAACCAAAAAACUGUAACUGGAUCAGCAGCAAGAAGACUCAGAAAAGAAACAGAAAUACUUACUCCUGUCUGAAUUUUCAAGUUCCCCGUUGGAUGACCAGACUGGCAACCAUUUCAAGUCCCAAUCCAUUCCAUUGAAAUUUCUUGGUUAAAUUUAA